AUUUUAUCCACAGAAGAAAUAGAAUAGCGGUCCCAGUUCUCUCCUCCUCUCACUCAUGGCUCUCUUUGUAGUCACCGGCAACGGCGGUGGAGGCAGAAUCAUCUGUAACUAUCCCACCAGAAACCACUCUUACAACCACCGCCUCCUCCAUCUUCCCCAAAUCCUUUUCCCAUUCCCACCCAGGAGAGCUCUCCAUAUAGUCGCGGCCAAGAAGCUGUCGUCUCGAACUGGUCGCUUUGACAGCAAGAACAGGAGGAGCUCCACCACCACCAGAGACCAGGAAGAUGAAGGAGAAGGAGAAGGGGUUGCUGAGAUUGAAAGGACUGCUGGUAGUGAAGAUUUUAGUGCAAGGGAAGUUCAAAAUGUGGGUACAAGUACAGUUGAUGUAGAGGAUGAUGGCUAUUUCUUGCCUAAGCUACCUGGAGAUGACCCAGACUUCUGGGAAGGUCCGCAGUGGGAUGCUCUUGGGUUCUUUGUGCAGUAUUUGUGGGCUUUUGGCAUUGGUUUUGCGUUAAUUGCAUGUGGAAUUGCUGUGGCUACAUACAAUGAAGGAGCAACAGAUUUUAAGGAGACUCCUGCAUACAAAGAGUCAAUCCAAUCUCGAGAGCUUUUAGAAGGACCUGAAGGAUCUAACUCUGAUGUGUUUGAAUCCAAUCCCACUGAGGUGGCGCCUAGUUUGGAAUAGUUGCUUGAAACAAAUAUGAAACAGGGCCAUGGCAGUAAUCAUAUUUCUUGGCUUAAAGAAAUCCUAUGUAAGUUAUCUUGAUAAGGUAAUGCUUCCCAUGCUGCAACUUCUCAAACAUACAGAAAAGAUUUGUUAGUAUGAAUUCGGUUUACUAGCAGGUUUGAAAUGUUAGGCCAUAUGAUUGCUGGUGAUCUUCAGCAUCUAAAAUUCUGUCAUGUAAAUCUUGCUAAUUGCUAGUUACUUUGAAAGCGAGCUUCAAAUGGAAUCAACUUUGUUUGGUAUA